AUGAGUUCAAUUUUGAAGAGUUUUUCGCGUCAUUCUAAAAAAGAAUGGUUGAACUAUUUCUGUUCUACUCAUUUCUGGGGUCCUGUUGCUAACUGGGGGAUUCCACUUGCUGCUAUUGCAGAUUUGAAGAAAAAUCCUGACCUCAUUUCAGGUCCUAUGACUACAGCUCUAUGCAUCUACUCCGCAGCUUUUAUGAGGUUUGCAUGGCGUGUUGAACCACGCAAUAUGCUCCUUUUCGCUUGUCACUUUACCAAUAUUUCAUUGCAGCUUUUGCAAAUGGCUCGUUUCCUUAAUCAUAAUUAUUUGCAUAUUAUGGAUGAUCCAGCAGUGUCUUCUUUAGCUCAGACAAACGUAAUAGCUGUUAUUGAUGAAACAAUGAAUUAG